ACGCAUUUAAAGUGUUUAAAUCUAUACAAACCGUUAAAGCAUGUUUUAUAGUUUUACAAGAGACGUAAUAGCUUUUAUUGAAUUUAACAUUGUAAUACUUGAUUACAAAUAUUAUCGAAUUUAACAUUGUAAUACUUUAUCUAACAUAAAUGAGUAUUAUCUUUGUUAGUUAAAUCGCAUCCGCACAUAACAGAGAAGACGAGUCUCCUUUCGUUCCCUAUAUCGUGAAUCAGUUGAUCAUAAACACGAGUUCGGUCACUGGUAAGUAGAGAUGGAGAAACUGAGCUAUUCGAAACUACGAUUCAAUUGAAUCAAAUAUUUAGCAAAAUGAUUCACUGAUUCGAAUCGCCUUUAAACAUUUGAAACGCACCGAGAACAUCAAACACACUUAAUGAGUACAACUGAGACAACUUUUACAAACCAACUGCAAAUGUUUUAUUAAAAUUAUUAAAUAUGAUCUAAAAAUCAAAUACUAUAAUGAAAAUUCUAUUAUUUUUAUUGCUAGAAGUCCAUGACUCUUACCAGUGCACUGAACUACUGAACUAGAUCUGAUUGAGACAAACUCAGAGAUUUAACUUGGAUUUAUGUUUCUUUCUGUUAAUUAUUCUCAUCUUAAAUACAAAAAACUCCCGGUGAAGUGACUGAGAGCCACGAGACACACUAUUAUAAAGAUGCCAUUUAUUAAAGAGGAGAUUGAAGACAUAAAGAUGGCGUUUAUUAAAGAGGAGAGUGAAGAUAUGAAGAUUGAAGAAACUUUCAGAGUGAAACAUGAAGAAACUGAGAUACAAACAGACCUGAUGUCACUGAAAGAGGAGAAUGAUGUACUGAAUGAAAUGGAAGAGAAAGAUCAACAAAAUAAUCAUCAUGAUUUCAUAACUGGAGAAAAAUAUUUUGCUUGCUUACAGACUGAAAAGACUUCCUCACGAAAAAGACCUCAAAAGGCAGGGAAUAUAAGUCAUUUAGUCUGCCAACAGUGUGGAAAAAGUUUCAACCGAAAAGGAAACCUUGAAGAUCACAUGAGAAUUCACACUGGAGAGAAGCCUUUUAUCUGCCAACAGUGUGGAAACAGUUUCAAACAGAAAGGAAGUCUUAACAGGCACCUGAGAGUUCACACUGGAGAGAGCCCUUUCACCUGUCAACAGUGUGGAAGCGAGUUCACUCAAAAAGGAAGCCUUAACAGGCACAUGAGUGUUCACACUGAAGAAAAACCCUACAUGUGCUCUCAGUGUGGAAAGAGUUUCAAUCAAAAAGGACACUUUAAACUCCACAUGAGAAUUCACUCUGGAGAGAAACCCUACAUUUGCUCUCAGUGUGGAAAGGGUUUCAUUCAGAAGGGACACUUUGAAGACCACAUGAGAGUUCACACUGGAGAGAAGCCUUUCACCUGCCAACAGUGUGGAAAAAGAUUCAACCAUAAAGGAACUCUUAAUUACCACGUACGAUUACACACUGGAGAGAAGCCUUUCACCUGCCAACUUUGUGGAAAAAGUUUCACUCUGAAAGCUAUCUUUAACUGGCAUAUGAAAAAUCACACUGGACAGAAACCUUACACAGGCCUUCAGUGUGGAAAGGGUUUUUAUCAACAUGCAAACCUUAAAGACCAUAUGAGCGUUCACGCUGGAGAGAAACCUUUCACCUGCAAACAAUGUGGUAAAAGUUUCAAUAAAAAAGGAAACUUUCAUAGGCACAUGAGAAUUCACACUGGAAAGACGUACCAUUAGUGUGGAAAGACUGUCGUUCAUGACAUGAACCUUAAAGUCCACAAGAGAGUUUACACUGGAGAAACCCUUUUCACCUGCCAGUGCGGAAAUGGAUUCGUGUUUGAAAGAGUUUUAUGUCUUCAGUGUGGAAUAAGUUUUAUAGACUGGAAACAAUUUAGGAUGAAAUAACUCAAUCAUGUAAUAACUCACACCAGAGAGAAGCCUUUCAUGUGUCAACACUGUGGAAAGACUUGCAGAAAUAAAGCAAACCUUGAGUUAAA